ACGCAAUUCGGAUUUGGAGGACGUUUAUUACAAGUUUGAAUCGAGAUUUAACACGCAAUUCGAAUUUGGAGGACGUUUAUUACAAAUUUGAAUCGAGAUUAACACGCAAUUCGAAUUUGGAGGACGUUUAUUACAAGUUUGAAUCGAGAUUUAACACGCAAUUCGAAUUUGGAGGACGUUUAUUACAAGAUCCAAAACCACCAAAAUCCUGGAACGGAAUUAAAGAAGCCCUUGAAGAUCUUCCAAUGUGCUUUCAAAAACAAUCAAAAAAUUUAUAUUUAGGCGUCGAGGAUUGCCUUUAUUUAAACGUACACACCCCGGAAAUAAAUAAUUUAAAUCCCGUUAUGGUUUUUAUCCACGGGGGAAGUUUCACUGAAGGAAGUGGGCAACAUAUCCUUUAUGGUCCAGAAUUUUUAAUCCCAAAUCGAGUCGUUGUGGUUACAAUAAAUUACCGAUUGGGUUUUUUGGGAUUUUUAAACUUCCAAAACGCCAAAGUUGACGUCCCCGGAAAUGCGGCACUAAAAGACCAAUUAAUGGCACUGAAAUGGGUCAAAAAAAACAUCGAAUUUUUCGGAGGUGACCCAAACAAGGUCACAAUUUUUGGUGAAAGCGCCGGGGGGGCUUCGGUACAUUUACAAACGAUUUCGAAAGCGUCUCAAGGUUAUUUCCAAAAAGCUAUUAUAAUGAGUGGAGUUGGUUUAGCGCCGUGGUGUGAUGGAAAAAUAAAUAACGGAGUUGAUUUAGCAAAAAUGUUAGGUUAUAAUGACACAAAUGAGUUUAAAAUCGUUGAAUUUUUACAAAAUUUAAAUUUGGAUUCGUUUAAAACUGUUUUAAACGAUAUCCAAGGUGUUAUUCCACAUAUUUCGAAGGAGAAUUUUUUUGGACCCAUCACAGAAAAUAAUAUUGAUAAUAAUAACACCUUUUUGACAGAUUCCCCAAGAAAUUUAUUAAAACAAGGCGAUUUUAAUAAGAUCCCUUUAAUGAUCGGGCAAACAAAUCAAGAAGGAUUAAUUUUAGAAAUACUUCAUUUAAUAAAAACCGCCGAAUUUAAUCUCAAACCGUUAAGCUAUUACAUCCCAAAAUCGUUUAUUAACAAACCCCAAUUUGAAAAUGAUCUAAAUCAAUUUUAUUUUAACCAAAAGAACCGCGUUAACUCAACGGAUCAAAACGAAAUUGAUUUAAAUUCGGACACCUUUUUUAUUUGGUCAAUUCACGAAACGAUUUUUGGACAUUUAAAUCAAAAUCAAACGGUUUUCUUUUACGUUUUUUCUUCGGACACGGAACUUAAUUGGAUUAAAAAUUUGUUCCCAAACGUCGCUAAAGUUCGUGGUGCUUCUCAUUUCGACGAUAUCGGGCAUUUAUUUAAAAGCUUUUUUACGAAAAACUUUUCGAAGGGUUCCCUCGAAGAUCGUUCUGUAAAAAAAUUCGUUACUUUAUUAACUAAUUUUGCUAAAAACGAUGAUUUUGAUGAUGUUGCGAAAACGAAUUAUUCUUUGAAUUAUUUGGAAGUUUUUAAUGAUGAAGUUAAGGUUGGGGUUGAGCCGAAUAAAGAGAGGGUGAAGUUUUGGUGCGAGGCGUCGAAAAAGUAUAGUUCUGAAAUGGUGUUUUGUUGAAAAAUGAGGUUAUGUUUUAAAUAAAAUUUAAAUAAUAAACACCAAUAUUUCGUCUCUGAGGAUAUUUCACCUAAAAAUUAGAUUAUCUUUAGUAAUUAGUAAUUACUAAUUUAAAUUAAAUUUAUAGGUUAUGUUUACGUCAUUGUUACCA